UCUCUCUCUCUCUCUCACUGACUUAAACACACACACACUUGAGUUCCGUCUGUGCUCUUGUUUCAGUCUUUGCAGUUGUCGGUUCGCGGUGGACACGUCUCUGCGCAGCUCGACUAAUAACAACAACAACAACAACAAUAAUAAUAAUAAUAAGAAAAUCAAUCUCCUCUUCCGAAAAAAACACGUUUGCACCGAAACGACAAAACGGGACUGUUGUUGAACCAACGGCAACGUGGAUGGUGUCGGAUCGAGGAUAUUAAUUAAGCCAUAUUAGGCGGGCCGGGGUUCAAGCUGAGGAGAGCGGCGAACCCACGGGAAUGAAAACUCAGAAAGAGGAGGAGUGCAGGACCGACACCGAGAGGACCAUGGCGGCUGUUUGGGCGGAGCAGUCGGCGCCAGUGGAAGAGCUGGUGGAAGCCUGCAUCGGGGCCUUUGGUGAGGACGGCACCCUGCAGGAGGCAUCUCAAGUGCGCAUGUUCCUCAUGAUGCACCCCUGGUAUCUCCCCUCAACAGAGCUGGCCAAGAGGCUCCUCCUCAAGUCACAGGAGGGAAGCUGCUCUGUGAGUUACAGGGCAAAAAUUUGCCACUUGGUCAGGUACUGGAUCUCGGAAUUUCCUGCAGAGUUUGAUCUGAACCCAGAGCUGGCGGAGCAGAUCAAAGGGCUGAAGGAUGUUCUGGUCCAGGAGGGACAUGAGCUCCAAAGUCAGCUCAUUGACAUUGACAGUGUGCCAUCAUAUGAGUGGAAGCGACAGGUUACCAGGCUGGGCAGCGCCGUCACCAAGAAAAGGAAGAUGUCUCUUCUCUUCGACCAUCUGGAUGCCAGCGAACUGGCAGAGCACCUCACUUACCUGGAGUACAAGUCUUUCUGCAAGAUCCUGUUCCAGGACUACCACAGUUUCGUGAUGCACGGUUGCACUGUGGACAACCCCAUCCUGGAGCGCUUCAUCACCCUCUUCAACAGCGUGUCCCAGUGGAUCCAGCUCAUGGUCCUGAGCAAACCCACGGCACCACAGAGGGCCCAGGUCGUCACUCACUUCAUCACGGUGGCCCAGAGACUGCUGCAGCUGCAGAACUUCAACACGCUGAUGGCGGUGGUUGGCGGCCUCAGCAACAGCUCCAUCUCUAGGCUCAAGGACACGCAAGCGCACAUCGGCGGCGACGCCAGCAAGACGUUCAGAAACCUGACGGAGUUGGUGACGUCCUGCGGGAACUACAGCCAGUACCGGCGCUGCUUCGCCGAGUGCACGGGCUUCCGCUUCCCGAUCCUGGGCGUGCACCUCAAAGACCUCAUCGCCGUGCACGUGGCCCUGCCCGACUGGGCCGACGCGGCGAAGACGCAGGUCAACCUGAACAAGACCAGGCAGCUGUAUGCCAUCCUGCAGGAGCUGGCGCUAGUGCAGAGCACGCCGCCCAGCAUGGAGGCCAACACGGACCUCCUGAACCUACUCACGGUGUCGCUGGAUCAGUACCACACAGAGGAGGAGCUCUACCAGCUGUCCCUACAGAGGGAGCCCCGCAGCACCAAGGCAGCUGCUUCCAGCUCUAGUAGCGAGAAGCAGCCUUCUGUGAUCGAUGAGUGGGCGUCUUCCGUGAAGCCCAAAGCUGACCCUGCCAUCAUCAGCAAGCACAUUGAAAAGAUGGUUGAGUCAGUCUUCAAAAAUUUCGACACGGAUGGGGAUGGACACAUCUCUCAGGAGGAAUUUGAGAGCAUUAGGAGCAACUUCCCGUAUCUCAGCAAGUUUGGAGAACUAGAUACAGAUCAGGACGGCAGGAUCAGUAAAGAAGAGAUGAUCGAUUACUUCAUGAAAGCCAGUUCCCUGCUCAACUGCAAGAUGGGCUUCAUCCACACCUUUGCAGAGACCACCUGUGUGAAGCCCACCUUCUGCGUCCACUGCGCCGGCCUGAUAUGGGGGUUUUACAAGCAUGGAUACAAAUGUAAAGCUUGCGGCGUGUACUGCCACAAGGCCUGUCGGAGCAGCGUGGCUGUCGAGUGUCGCAAGCGGACCAAGAGCAUCAGCCACGAACGCCCCCCCUUCCAGCACACUCGCUCCUACAGCUUCCCCCUGCCGGCGAAGCCCCCCUCCGCAGUGCAGAACACAGUCAUCAAAGAGGAAGAAAAGGAGUCAUCGUUUGAGGAUGAAGUGUUUGACGUCCACCUAUGAUGAGCGAUGACACACUGGAGCCUGGCACACACGUCUGCGCUGGACAGUUGUGUCAACAAGGACGCCACCAGCGAGGGAAAACAAUGGAACAGUGUGAAGCUGUUGUUCUGCCAAAAAGGGGGCUGGAAGGGCACCGCGUUACAAACACCUUUCGCUCACGGCUGUUUUUAAAUUCUUCCUGCUUCUUCGUAAUGCUGCGACCUGUGCCGUUUAUUGCUCGUUUCCCCCUCUUUUCUGCUUCGGCGCAGAAGGUGCGUUUCGGUUUUACCUCCCGGCGUUUAUGACGGUGCGUUAGGGUCGUCGCCGAGCCAUCCGCCGUUUCGCACCGAGCGCGAGGGUGCUGGACGCUGGGGGUCCUCGAGCGGUGGCAGGAGCACGUCUGCAGUCCUGCACUGAGCUCGGUGACGUGCGCCUUGGAAAACCGGUGAACGCCCGCGCUGAUCUGGGCCUGGUGUCUCUGUUCUCGGCACACGCUCUACAGUACCCUGUUUUCACUUUGUUUUCUGCUUAAUGAUGCUGAUGUGAUUUGGCUGCUAAACGGAGCCUUGAGCAACCAGACGAACGGCGUCCGGCGUCCAGCGUCCAGCAUCCAGCGUCCAGUGCAGACGUAACCUGGUACCAGUAAUAAUGUAAUAACUGAAGAGCCACCCUCAGUGCUUGGGGAACGCCAAACUCGUGUCGAACACCUCUCUCGGUGUCCUGCUCCCAUGGGCAUCGUCCACUUUCUCGAUGCUGCAAUACACAUAGUGAAAAGCAUGUGCACUGUUGAUACAAGGUCAGUGUUCAUUGGCUGAAUGACGCAGGAGUGUUUUGCUUGCUGAGUAAAAUGCUCAAACUGCUGAAAGUCAAUCAAAGUUUUAAACGAUAAUUUUUUUUUUGCUUUAAAACAACUGCUUUCCAGUAGCCCAUCUCUGCAGAUGGCAGAAAAGAGGCUCAUUUCACUUCGCCUUCGCUUCUGCAGCCCCUUGUGGCUCCAUUGGCACCGGAGGGAGUUAAUUUGCCCUCCGCUGGGUGGAGCUCUUGUUCCGUGUUUAUUUCUAGCAGCGGUAAAAAAUCCGUUCGGUGCACUUCGCUGGCCUUCUGCUCAACCUGCCGAAUUGUUCCGGAAGGGCUAGCGGGUAAACUGUACACAGGAGUACAAACACUGAGCACCAGCACAGUCAAAAGUUUUCCGAAGAACUUCAGAAAACGGAGACAAAUUCAUUAACAGUUAUUGACUGAAUUUUUUUUUUUUUUUUGGUGUAUUGCAAAAACAAAGUCCUUGGCUGAG